AUGAAAAAUUUAAUUCUGAUUUGCUUGUUAGCUAUGGUCUUAACAUAGCAAGUUUAACACUCAAAUAAAUGUAAUGAUUGUGGAUAAUUAAAAUCACAAAAUGAUUGUGAAUAAGAGAUAACUGUAACAGGAACUUGUGAAUGGAUAGCUGCAUCAGGAACAACACCAGCAAAAUGUUAGAAAAAGACAACAGUUGAUCCAGUAAGUUCAUUCAAACCUUAUUGCGAACUUAUUGAAAAACCAGAAACAAACUGUGCUAAAACAUUAGGUUGUGCUUAUGUUGACUUAAAAUGCACACAUUUUACAGGAUGUCAAGCAUAUGUUAAAACUACAACAACAGAUUGUUAAGCUAUAUCCUAUUUUUGUGUCAGUGAUGGAAAUGCAUGUAUUCAAGCUAAAGAAUGCAAAGAAUAUACAUAAUAACAAUGUGAAUCAACUCCAAGUGUUUCAGGAAUACUUAAAUGUAAAUGGGAUACAAAUUCAGGAGCUUGUAGAGAUUAUGCAUGUUCAGAAGCAGAUACUAGUUUAAAUACUGAUGAAAAAUGUUCAGCUUGGUUAGCUGGUUGUGUAACAAAAGGUUAAGGUUGUGUUAAUGCACCAAGACCUGCAUGUGCUACUUAUACAGGAGAUGAUGCUGCAUGUUAAUCUUUUAUUGGAUCAGAUGGAAAUUGUGAAUUAGCAACUGGUACAACAAAUUGUAAGGCCAAAGAAUGUGUUAAUGCUCCAACAUCAUUAAGUACUGAUGAUGAUUGUAAAGCAUAUUAAAAAGGAUGUAUAACAACUGGAAAAGGUUGUGUUUUAGCAACAACAAAACCAUUAUGUUCCACAUAUUCAGGAGAUAACACUACUUGUGUUGGAUUUAUUGGAUCAGAUGGAGUUUGCGAAGGUGAUGCUGGUGGUUCUAAAUGUAGAGCCAGAAAAUGUGAAAAUGGAGCAUUCAAUACUGAUGAACUUUGUAAAUAAUAUUAAAGUACUUGUAAAACAAAUGGCAAAACAUGUGUUUCAGCAUUAACAGCUUGUAAUACAUAUAAAGGUACUGCCACUACUUGUGCUGUAUAUAUUGGUACUGAUGGAUAUUGCAAAGGAACAAGUACAACAACUGAAGCUUCUUGCUUACCUAAGGUUUGUGAUGAAGCUCCAGAUACAACAACUACUGAUGAUGCUUGUAAUAAAUAUUAAAUUGGAUGUGUUACUACAGGAAAAGGAUGUGUUACAAAAACUAAUUUGAAAUCUUGUACUACUUACGAUGGUGAUGCUACUAGUUGUUAAUCAAGAGUUGGAUCUGAAGGUAAAUGUACAUGGAAGACUGGAACCAAAUGUGUUGCUAGAGAUUGUACUUAAGCAGCAACCAAUUUAAAUACUAAUCCUCUUUGUGCCAAUUUUUUCACUAAUUGUGUUACUACUGGAUCUGGAUGUGUUUCAUAAACUUCUUGUGAUUUGACUGUCAAAUAAUAAAGUUGUGAAGGUACUAAUAAUUGUUCAUGGUAACCUAUUUGUACUAGUAAUUCAAACUGUAGUGCAUUUACAAAAAAAUCAAUUUGUGUAUCAAAUUAAGCUAGAGUAAGGACUUUUGAUAAAUAUGAUGAAAAUGGAAAUCCAAUUUAUAUUUUUGUAUCAAAAAAAUGUGGUUGGUUAAAUAAUGUUUGUAAGGAAUUGUCUUGCUCAGAUUUAACAGGAGCUUAUUAUAAUACUGAUGCUAAUUGUGCAGCAGAACUAUCAACAUGCAUUAGUAAUAGAGUUGAUGCUUGUAUAACUAAAUAUGAAUGUAGUAAACUUUCAGGAACAUAAUCCACUUGUUUAAGUUAUCCAGGUUAUUGUACUAAUUCAUCAACAGCUACUGAUACUACUCCUUGUGUAUAAAGAAAGUGUACAGAUAAUACAGAAGCAACUGAUAAUGCUACAUGUGCUUCAUUCUUACCUGGAUGUAUUAGUAAUGGAAAAGGUUGUGUUGAUUAUACUACUCCAUGUACAUCAAUGAAAGGAACUUAAGAAACAUGUAAUAAGAUAUUUGCUUAUAAGACUGGAUCUAUUGAUAACUUUACAACUAAUUAAUGUUACAAUAGUUCAACAGCCACUGAAAAUGAUUUUUGUAAAAUCAAAACCUGCAAAUUAGCAGAAAAUUAAAAUGAUGGUACAUGUGGUUCAUUUUUAGAUGGAUGUGUCUAUAAUGGAAAUGGAGGAUGUGUUGAUCCAAAAGCUAAUGACACAACUUGUGCAAGUUAUACAGGUGUUUUAGCAUUUUGUGAAUCUGCUAUUGUUGGAAGUAAUAGUUCUAAAUAUUGUUUUGGAACAUCUACAUCAGCUACAUGUACUGUUAGAGCUUGUAUUGAUAAUACAACUGCAACAAAAGAUGAAGAUUGUGAGUCUUUCAUGUCAGGAUGUAUAGCUAAAUCUGAUGGAGGUUGUAUUAGUAGACAAUUAAGAUCAUGUUCUUAAUAAUUAGGAACUGUUACUACUUGUCCUAAUUUUAGUGGUGGUUUAUAAGUCUCAUCAGUUUGGACCAAAGUUCCAUGCACAAAAUAUGAUGCUUGCUAAGAUAGAUUAUGCUCAGAUAAAACAAGUCCUUAAUCAGCUUAAGAUUGUCUUGAUCAUAAAUCUACUUGUAGAUUCUUUAAGGCUGGAUCUACAUGCAUUGAUGCAACAGCUUGUAGUAAUUAUAGUCUGCCUGAUACUGCAACUACUGAUUAAUAAAAGUUUGAUUAUUGUACAAGUAUUAAAGAUAACGUUGGGUUAUUAUGUGGUUAUACAUCAGGAGCAACUAAAUGUUCAGCUAGAACAUGUGAAUAAUUCUUAAGCACUUAUACUUCAUUAUCAUGCAUUACUUAUUUAUAGAAGGAUAUCUCUACUUCAACUGAUGAUACUUGUAAAUUAGCAGGAACUAUAUGUUAUUUACCAAAUAAAACCGAUUGUGCAUAUAGUUAUACUUCUACUGAUACUACUGAUGCUCUUAAAUUAGCUUAAUGUAGAAGAUUUGUAAAUAAUAAAGGAUUUGCAUGUACAUUCAAAACAGGUGAAACUAAAUGUAGUUUAUAAGAUAGUUGUGAAAAAUUAAAUAUUUAAACAGAUACAUAAACCUGUAACGAUUCAACUCUUUUUCCAACUAAAGGAGUAUGUUAAAAAGUAACAGAUUCAAAUUGUCUCACUAUAUCAGAAACUUGUAGUGAUUACAAAAUAGAUUCUACUUUGACUACAAUUAAAAAAUAAGAAGUAUGUUGGGAAUUGAAGUUGAUUAAAGAUGUAUCAAAAUUAGGAACCCCAUAAGCAUAAUAUACCAAAUGUAUUUAUAAGACAGGAAGUGCAUGCGAUGCUAUUUCUGCUUGCUCAGAUAUUAUUUCAGCUUCAAGUUAAGAAUAAUGUGAAUUUUAUUUAUCGGGAUGCUUAUAUUUUAAUGGUAAGUGUUAUGCUAAAGUUGCUACUGGUAAUUGUCCCUCAACAUUCCCAGCUGGAAUCACAACAGAUACUUAAAAAUCUCUAUAUUGUAGAAGUAUUAAGGAAGACAGUCUACAUUGUAGAUUAAAAUCUGAUAAAACUAGAUGUGAACUUGCAGAUAAUGCUGAUUGUGGUAUAACAAUUCCUACUUCAGGCAGUUGGGAUUCUAUUAGUGAUUCAACUUCAAAUGCAUUCAAAUCUGCAUUUUGUCUAGCUUAAUCAUACAAAGAUAGAACCAAAUUCUGUAAAUUUACUUCUGGAACAACUUGUAGUGAUGCAACAUGUGCAGAUAUCCCAUCACCAACUAGUUAAGGAGAUUGUGAUAAUUACAUAAAUGGAUGUUUUUACUUUAAUAAUAUAUGUUAUGAAAAAGUGAUUAUCGAAAAUGUUGGUAAUUGUGCUGAUAAUGAUAUAGUACCUAUGGAUUCAGAAUUAACACCAGCAUAAAAAGUAAUAUAUUGCUAAUUCUUUACUACAUAUAGUAAAGAUAACUAUUGUACAUUUGAUUAAUAUAAUCCAACUCCUCCAACUUAAUGCACUGCUGGUGGUACUUGUGAUUCCUAUGAAAAUUUGCCAAACACUAAUGAUACUGAUAAUUUAAAUUAUUGUUUAAGUAAAGUUAGUAUUACUAAUUCAAAAUGCACUUACACACCUGGUGAAACCACAUGUAGAAUUUUUGAAUGCUAUGAUAUACAAAAUCCAACCUCUUAAAUGGAUUGUGAUUAAUAAGCAAAUAUGUUUUAAUGUGUAUAUCUCUUAGGAACAUGUUAUAAUAAGAAUGAAACUUGUGAUAAGAUCCCUGCUUAAAAUGGAAAUGAGAAGGUAUAUUGUGAUCGAGUCCAAUCUGCUGCUCAAUGUACUUAUAUAUCAGGAACAACAUGUGCAGCACAAAAGCAGUGUGAAUAAUAUAGUGUAACUGAUAAUUAAGCAUCAAUUUGUGCAACAUUGACAGAUGGAAAAAGUAAAUGUACAUAUGUUUCUGGUAAUAAUUGUGUCACGUUAAGUACUUGCGAAAAUUAUGAUGGAAGAGCUGAACCUGAAUUAGGACCUGCAGAAGGUACAGAAGAGACAUAGUGUAAAGCAGUUAAAUCAACCGAUGGCUAUCCAUGUAUUAUGGAUUCUGCUAAAAAAUGCAGAGCAUAAAUUUGUAUUGAUAAUGAUGCAAGUGCAACAGAUUGUAUAAAUAAUGCUCCAAAUUGUCUCUAUUAUUCCAAUAAAUGCAUAACAAAGGACAAUUGUGCAAAAUAUACACCAUAAGGUGAUGAUGAUGCAGCUAAAUAAAUAUGGUGUGAAGGAGUAUAGAAUGAUACAGGAGAUUUUUGUGCUUGGGAUUCAGCUAAUUCAAAAUGUAGAGACAGAUCAUGUAGUGAUAAGGCAUUCUAUACAGAUAUUGAUUGUUAAAGUUAUCUUAAAUCUUGUAAAACAAAUGGUACUAUAUGUGUUUCAUAGACUAGAGCAUGUACAUCAAACAAUGGUUCAGCUGAUUUUUGUAAUACCUUAUUAGAUUCAACAGGAAAAGAUAGAUGUAGACCUAUUUUAACUGCUACUACUACACCCUCACCCUGCACAAUUAGAACAUGUUAUGACAAUCUUACUGCAACAACUGAUUCUGAAUGUGAUACUUAUUUAAGUGGAUGUGUCACUCGUGGUACAGGAUGUAUUCCAAAUACAGAGCCAUGCACAUCAUAUAGAGGAACUAAAUAAUAAUGUGAAUUAUUUAAAAAAUAUACUGGAUUAGAUGAUAAGAAAAAUCCUACUUAUGAAUAAUGUUCUGGAGAUGCUGGAAAUACAGCCGCAAGUAAAUGUAAAGUAAGAACUUGUGCAGAUAAUACUACAGCUACAUCUGAUGCUGAAUGUGCUACUUAUAUGAAAGGAUGUAUAACCAAAGGUACAGGAUGUGUUGAUGAAACUUCAUCAUGUACUGCAUUUAAGGGAGAUUAAGCAACUUGUGCUAAAUUCUUGGGUACUUCAGGUAGAGAUUAUUGUUGGAAUACUUCAACUGCAUUGGUUACAGCCAAUUGUACUAAAAAGAAGUGCAGUGAUAUUUCAGGUAAAAACAAUAAAGAAUGUAAUGAUGGUAUGCCACCUUUUAAAACUACUGAUGAUCCAUUCUGUGUUUUUGAUGGAACAUCAUGUAUUGAUUAUGGAAAGAAUUGUAAUGCAUUUAAUGGAACUGAAGAGACUUGCCCUACUUAUUUAGGUAGAGAUGGUCCAUGUAAAGCUACAACUGUUGGAACUCUUAAAGGAUCAUGUGCUAAGAGAGUAUGUACAGAAGCACCAAAUACUCUUACAACUGAUGCUGAUUGUUAGAAAUAUCAUAAAGAUUGUUAUACAACUGGUUAUGGAUGUACAAGCACUAAAUAAUGUUUCAAUUUGACAUCAUAAGCUGCUUGUAAAUUAAGAGAAGAAUGCACAUGGGCUAAUUAAUGUACUAAUGCUAUUACUGCAUGUUCUACUUAUAGUAACACUAAUUAUUCAUAAUGCUCAAAUUCUAAAGUGAAUGGUAAGUUCUGUGCUUGGUAAGAAUCAAAUUCAACUUGUAGAGCUUAAGUAUGUGAAGAUCAACCAGCAACAAUUGCUUCUCAUGCUUAAUGUUAAAGCUUUGCUGACAAUUGUACAACAACAGGGGCUGGUUGUAUAACUAUUUCAGCAUGCACAUCAUACAAGACUCAAUCUGUUUGUAUAGCUGCCUCAACAACUAAAGAUGGAGUUGGAAGAUGUGGUUGGGAUGUCACAACAAAUAAGUGCAGAAAUAGAAUUUGCAGUGAUAAGAAUGGUUUAACUGAUGAAGAAUGUAAUACUUUCCUAUCAGGAUGUAAAACUAAUGGAUCUGGUUGUGUGACUGGAGCCUCAUGUACUGAAUUUUCCAAUAAAUAAUUCUGUAUUAAAUCCAACUCUGGACCAUGUCUUUGGGUUAAUGGAUAAUGUUAUGAUUAUGACAGAUGUGAAGAUGCUGUAAAAAAGACUCAUACUGAAUGCUAAGCAUUCUCACCAUUAUGUACAACCAAUGGAGAUACAUGCAUUCCAAUUACAUCUUGUGCUAGCACAUCAUUAAAGGCUUCAUGUGUUGUGGGAUCUGAUGGAGCUUGUGGAUGGUUACCUACAGGAAAAUGUUAGAAGUUUGGAUAAUGUACAGAUGCUGUGGCAACUACAAAUGAUGAAUGUCUCUCUUAUGGUCCAACAUGUAUUACUGAUGGAACAGCAUGUAUAGCUAAAUCAACUUGUAAUAGUUACAAAACAUAAACAGCAUGUAAUAACAAUGGAACUGAUGGUAUAUGCUUUUGGAAUGCUACAGCUAAUACUUGCAAAUUGAGGGAAUGUGGUGAUGAAUAAAAGGGUACAAAUGACUAAUGUAAGCUUAUUUCUGUCACAGGAGGAUCAUGCACAACUGAUGGAACCAAAUGCAUACCCUUAUCAACAUGCUCAAGUUAUGUUGAAGCUGGAUGCUUCAAUGGAACUGAUGGAGAAUGUACAUUUGCAUUACCAGUUGGAGCUACUACAGGAAACAAAAUCUGCAGAUUAAAAUAAUGUGAAGAUAUUUCUGGUGGAACUUCAAAUGCUAGCUGCAUGGGAGUUAUUUCUGGAAAGUAAUGUGUAUCAAAUGGAGUAAGUUGUAUUGCCAAGUCUACUUGUUCAACUUAUAAAACUAUUACUGCUUGUAAUGGAGGUGGUUUAGAAAAUAGUAAAUAAAUUGUUUGUGCUUUCACUCCUACUGGAACUGAUAAAGUUAAUGGAACUUGCAAGACAUUCUCAGCAUGCGCUGAUGCUAACAAAGAUAAAUUGGCAUGCACAACUAAUCCAUCAUGUAAAUGGAAUGAAAACUCAACAGGAACAUCCUGUGUUAAUCAUACAUGUGAUACCUUUGCCACAGGAACUGAUUGUCAACCAAUUCCAAGCUUUGAUGGAGCUUCAUCCACUGUUUGUGUUCUUUAAAGUGGAAAAUGUGCAGCUGCUGAUCCAGGAACCAUGACAGAUUCCAAGAUUUGCUACACUAAAUCAGCUUACACUUAUAGUUGGAAUGCUUCUACUAAUAAAUGUGAAAGUUGCCUUUUAGGAUCUGUCAAUCCAAACAAUUCAAAUAAUACAAACAAUUAAACAGAUAAUGGAUCCACUACCGAUAGUUCUUACAUCUUAUCAGUUGUUUCAUUAGGUAUUUUGGGAUUAAUGGCAUGA